AUGCCCCCUCAGUCAAGCCCACCCCCCUCCUCCUACCUCGACAUAACAAACCAAACAUUCACACCUCAAUUCCACUACCAAGACACCUGCCCCUCGCCUACCCUCAUGCUAGAAACGCUCACCCGAAUCCUAAACGACCAUCACAAGGGAACCCCCCAAUCCUUCCCCUCCUUCUACCUCUACACCCUCCACCAACCAAACCGUCUCGUCCCCUGGAGUCCUCAUGAAGCCCACCAGCCAUUAGCAGUGAUAGACUUAACUGGUGGAAGCCUCCGCGGAGGCCACUACGGCUCCGCAUCCGUCUACCUAAUGCAUCCCACACUCCCGAAGCGCACGGUUCUGACAUCCUUCUGCUACCUCUUCGUCAAGGAGAUCAUCCGGCGCGGAGAGGAUAGAGUGCAGACUGGGGCGUUGGGGAAGUUACGGACACGCACCACCGGCUUGGAUGAGGGGCUUGAUGCCGCUGUUACGGAGGUUAGGGAGUAUUGGCUAAGGGCGGAUUUAGUUGGAGAUCGGUAUUUAGUUACUGGGGUAAGGAGGGAGGAUCGUCCGCAUGCCGUUGGGUGUCUUACAUUGAAGUAUCAGGGGGCUUGCUUUUGGGCUCCGAUGCCUAGGGGGUAG